CGGAUGCUGAUGUCUCCAGAAGCCUGUCAGUUCACGGCGCUCUCUCACAGGAGGAAGAAAGACCAGCAGACAAUUCUUCAUUCAAUCUCAUCUUUAUCCAACUUUGUGAAAAUGGUCAACUUUGGAAGCCUGCUGAAAAACGCGCUGGUCGCCAUCGUCCUGGUGGCCGUGGUCAGGUCCGGAGCAGAAGCAGAAAAGUUGGCGUCCUGCUGCAAGACGGUCAGCAAGCAGGAGAUAACGACGCCGAUCUUGGGAUACCUGGUCCAGAAACCCAAUCCUCCAUGUGUCAGGGCCGUCAUCUUCCAGACAGAGUCGGGUCUUUUCUGCAGCCAGCUGACGGCUCCCUGGGUUCGCCGCAAGAUUGUUGCAUUCGAGAAAGCAAAAGCUCAGGCCACCACUCAGUCUGUGGUCGCCUCGUCUCCAGUCUCCCUCCUCGCCAUCAUUACAUCCACGGCCUCCCCUACUUCUUCUUCUACCCCAUUUACUUCGUCUUCCCCUUCCUCUUCCUCCUCUCCUUCUUCCUCUUCCUCCUCCACUUUCUCCCCCUCCUCCUCUCCUUCUUCCUCCUCCACUUUCUCCUCUUCCUCUUUCUCCUCUUCCUCCUCUUCUCCUUCCAUCUCCUCCUCGACCUCUGAGAUGCCAGCUGAUGAGAAACUUCCGGAAAGCAGCGGCGAGAGUCCUGAAGUUUGAGUAGAAGUUACGGCCUCAACGCUGAUGUGAACUAAUGUUUAAAAGAGCACUUGCACACCCAAUUUCUGUUAAAUUAUUACUUUGUUUUGGAUAUUUAGUUUCUUUAAAUUCCUUUUGAGUGACGUUAUUUAUUAGCUCAAACUAGUUGACCUGUGUUAACGCAACAGACUAUAUUUAUUACCAAACGUAUUUAUUACUGUUUACAGCUUCGUGAACAGUUUAAUGUUCUGUUUCCUGUUUUUCAUUUGCGAAAUUGUCUUGAGGAAAUGUUUUGACAUAUUUAUUAUUGGAAGGCUUGUCAUAGCUUAUAAUCUAAAGUUGAAGUUGCACAACUGUGAAAACAUUGGUCAGAAAUAAACGUUGCACAUGUGAUUCUGCA